AUGGAGCUAAACACCCUUCAAAAGGCGGAGAAGCAACUCACGCUCUUCGUUACUUUCCAAGUAGCAUCCGCGAACAUCGAGAAGUUCAAGGAAGCACAUCGGCCUGUAUGGAAAGCAUGCUCUGAAGAGCCAGAGUGCCUGCUAUUUGAUGUAUUUCAACACCCAGAUCAGCCAGGCCGGUUCAGGUUUGUUGAAAGUCUGGAGCAAAGGGAGAGAGUGGAGCAGAUGACAAAGCCAUACUAUGCAUCGCUUUGGGAAAGAUCAAAGCCGUUAUGGAUCGCGGAUAGUAAGUUCCCUGGGUCUGCACUGCUGAGUGGCCACGUGACUGACAAUUAUCCAUUAGUCCAUAUGGAGUAUUUCGAGAGAGAAGGUGAAGGAAGCGUUUGGAGUGAUGAUUACCUUGUAAGUGGCAAAAAGAUGGAGAAGGGGAAGGAGAAGGAGAAGGAGAAGGGGGAGAACUUGCCUCCACAUGAGCCGUGGUCGGGUUGGUUCAGCCACUACCGUUACUAG